AUGGAUUAUCUCAUCAGCAGGGAGGAGAAGGAACCACUUUGGAAUGACCUUAAUUGUCAUGUUUUGAUAAAAAAAAAAAAUAAUGAAUAUCCUUUCCAUUGUUGGAAUGGCAGCAAGGACGAAGAUGUUGAUCUUUUGAAUUUUUUAAAAUACAAAAACGAUGGAUUUUUUUUUUAUUCGGAGGAGGAUAAGUGCGUAGCUGAGGUACCCCCCAAGGGUGCAACGGUAUUACCAGAAUAUGGAACCACAAUAGGAAAAGAGGGAGUAGGAGGUGUAGCUGGUUUCCAGGGUACAACCAAAAGGAAACGAAUGCACUUCGAGUCCGAUGGACGGGUUGCCAACCUCCUGGAGAGUUACACCUCUGACGGAUUGACACACAAGAACCGUUUGGAAGACCCGCCACGGGGAGGUGCCACGAAGAGUGUGAACAGUAGCGCCCCCUUGAAAAUAUCCCCGGAUAAUCCUGAAAAUGGGGAAGCAAAUGUGAAAGAAAAUGGGGAAGCAAAUGGGGGAGCAGAUGUGAAAGAAAAUGUGAAAGAAAAUGUGAAAGAAAAUGAGCAAAAAGAUGCCUCGAAGAAGCUGAAAAUUGACAAUUUGGAUAAUCUGGAGAAAUUCCAUUUGAGUGGAUAUGCGACAUCGGCGUGUGAGGAUCUAGACCCACGGGAAGGGAAUGAUUUGGCUCGUUCUUCGAGGGAGGAAGAAGGAGGAAAGGUUGCAACGAUUGACAGUACAACGUUGUCAUUAUUGCAGAUGGAAAAAGACGAAGAGGGGGAGAACCGUCAUGAUGAUCCCUCAGUUAGCGUUACCGAGUGCCUUGCCUUCGUGUGGGAAGACAAAAUGGUGAAAAUGCCGAAAAGUUGGCAGGCCAGAAGUUGCGCGACGGAAGGAAAUGACUGCAGUGGGGGAGGAGGUGGAGCUGGGAACUCGUCCAACAGUUGUAGCAACGGUGGUGGAAAUGGUGGCGGCAAUGGUGGCGGCAACGGAGGGGGAAGCGCGGGAAGUGGAGGAAACCAUGGGAGCAGUGGAGACGAUGGGAAGGGAAAUGAGAAUCGUGGAAAUGGACACUUGGAUGGUGGCCACCAAGUAGAUAACCAGGAGGAUGAGGAGAACGAGGAGAAAAGGAACGAACAGAAAAAACGCAAACUGGGCGAGGAGAGCAUGCAUGGUAGUUUUACAAACGGUGGGAAUGCUCUACACAUGGGCGUUGGGGACACCAAAAUGAAUUACUUGCCCAACGGAAAUGGAAUGCUUAAUGGAGGGAUAGGCAUCAUCCCCCCUCACUCCAGUACACACAAUGAACUGAUUGAUCAGGACAGAGCAAUAUCUAGUGCUCAAAGGAAAAUGUCAGUAGGCGGUAAUUACAGUAACAGUAGUAGUAGUAUGAGCAAAGUGGAAAGUGGUCCCCUCAUUUUUUCCUCUGGCAACAAGAUACCGUUACAGAGUAUGAGUGGCGCGAGCGGGAAUGUAUCUCACAUGAAUGGAGUGAAACAUAAUCCUGAAGGUGGAAAUGCCAGAAACGGAACCAUUUUGGGGGCGAAUAAAAUUGUCGGCAUGAACAGUUUUAACGGUAACAUGAGCUUCUCGAAGAAUAAGCUUUUUAUGGGAAACCCGCAAAUGAGCUUUGUGAGCAAUGCAAAUGUGGGUGGUGUCAAGGGAUCGCGAAUUAACAACAUGGGUGAUCUGGGCCGCAUGGGUGAUGUGAGUCGCAUGGGUGAACUGAGUCGCAUGGGUGAAGCGGGCCGAAUGAAUGGCCCUCACUUCAAAGACAUGAACGAUGAGUAUUGCCCGGAGAGCAAAAAAAGGGAUACAGGAAAAAAAGAAAUUAUGGAAGGACCAUUAAAAAGCAACGACAUGAACAACUACCCUAACAGUGCCAUCGGCAUGGUAAACAACAACAUGAACAUGUUGCCCCCUCAUGGAAUGAAUAGCACGAACGCAUUUUUAAACAAUAGCAUGGGUCGAAUGAACAGUCUGAAUGGAAUGAAAGGGAUUGGAAAUCAAUACAAUGCAAUGAAUGUAUCACCUAUGAUGGGUCCAGGUGGUAAUAACUCUUACAAUUUCCAUGUGCCUGCGGCCCAUCCAUAUGGUGGAAUGAAUUUGUCGAACUCCAUUGGGAUGAUGGGGGGUGGUGUAGGAAACGCCCCCGGGAUGGGAGGUGGGAUUUUGCCCGCAAGUCCCAUGGGCGACAUGCACGGAGGGAUGAUGGGCGGGUUGAUGAGUGGCCCGCAUGGAAGUAUCCCUCUGGUGAGCAGUUCGAGUAGAGCAGGCAGUGCGACACAAGUUGCAGGCCCCAAGGGAAACAAAAAUGUAAGCUCCAAAAAUGUAAACAACAAAUGUGUAAACAACAAAAGUGUAAACAACAAAAGUGUAAACAACAAAAGUGUAAACAACAAAAAUGUAGAAGGGAACACAGCAGAAACUGAAAGUGAAAAAAAAAAAAAAGACACGCAAUCAAAGAAUAAAAAUACAAAUAAAAUGAGUACCAAUACAGAGAGUAGCAAAAACGUAAUUAAAAAUAUACGAAUGGAGGAUCUAACCUUUAGUGAAAAUAUAUAUUUAAAAAAUGUUGAUGGUCUUGAUCUGAGCAAGAAUUUUAUCAAUGGAAAAUACUGCUCCAAGUUACCCCCCAAUGAAAAAAUAUAUAACAUUGUUAAUUACAUUGUGAAAAAUUCCCUUGUGGAUUACUUAUUGGAUUUUUAUAACAACGACAAUUUGUUUUAUAAUGAGAAGAUCGACUUGUCGGAUGGCAACAGUGGGGUGGAUAGUGGCCCAAGGACAGGUGAACAAGAGACGGAGAAGGAGAAAAACGGGGAAAACAAAAAAGACGAAGUGUGCAAAGCAGAGGAGACUUUGAAUCAUGAUAAUGCGAAACAAGAAGUUAAGCAUGAGGACGACGAAUUCAAGAAGGAAAAGGUUGUUGACAGUGUUACCCCAACAGGGGAGGCUACUUCAGAGAACCCUGGAGGAGAGGCGAGGAAAGAAACUGAUGAUGUGUUGAUCCCAGAUGAAGAACUGAAAGGUGAAAGCACCCCAAGUAUGACGAAUAAGAAGAAUGCCCCAAGUGAAAACAGCAGUGUUAAUAAUAGGAAUGAGAAGAAAUUCGAUGCGGUGGAAAUGAAGGAAAGUGCCACCAUUAAUAGUAAUAGCGGCAAUGGUGAAAAAAACGUUAAUGACGAAGGAGACGAAAGCAAUAAGUACAUCUUGAUCGAAAUAACGAAAAGCAUAUGCUCCAUAAUAAAUCUGCAGCAACUGAUGCCAGUGAACACCAGAUUAAACAACCCGAAUUUAAUUUAUGAUUCUAACUAUGAAACGAUUUAUUCAAAGUGGAAAAGCUUUUUGCGAAAAGAGCAGUCCAGUGGGAAUGUUAUAAGUAUGUGUUUCUCCAGGGAUUUUCUGCACAGCGUUCUUUUGUGUAAUUAUGUAACCAUAAUUGAGGAUUUAAAGAAGACUGCCGUGAAGAAGAAAAUAAAAUUUUUUUUUCUGAACCUUUGUUUAGAGGCCGGGCUCUCCGUCAACAUCGCCCUCAUGCUCUUCAUCAACGCGGCCAAGCAGAGCAACAAAUUACAGUCCCUCCUGCCAUCUGAAACCGGUCUUGGAUAUCUGCAUCGAGACGCAGGAGGAGCCAAAGAAGAAAACAUGGGCAUCAUCACCUUCGAGUGCAUAACGAAUGACCGGGAACCCGACCACUUAAUCAAGCUGAUCACACUGAAAAACAUUUUUUCCAGGCAACUACCCAAGAUGCCUAGAGAAUACAUCGUGCGGUUAGUGUUCGACCGGAAUCAUUACACUUUUUGUCUUUUAAAAAAGAAUACGGUAAUUGGGGGAGUCUGCUUUAGACCGUACUUUGAGCAGAGGUUUGCUGAAAUCGCCUUUCUCGCGGUUACCUCCACGGAGCAGGUGAAGGGGUACGGUACUAGGCUGAUGAACCACUUGAAGGAGCACGUGAAGAAGUUCGGCAUUGAGUACUUUUUGACGUAUGCAGACAACUUCGCCAUCGGGUACUUCCGCAAGCAGGGGUUCUCACAGAAAAUUUCCAUGCCCAAGGAGAGGUGGUUCGGGUACAUCAAGGAUUACGACGGAGGAACGUUAAUGGAGUGCUAUAUAUUCCCGAACAUAAAUUACCUGCGCUUAUCGGAGAUGUUGUACGAGCAGAAGAAGACGGUGAAGAAGGCCAUUCAUUUUAUUAAGCCACAAAUUAUUUUUAAGGGACUCAAUUUUUUUUCACAAAAUAAAGGAGUUAACAGUGCCAUCCACCCAAGUAACAUCCCGGGGUUACUGGAAGUAGGAUGGAAAAAGGAAGCGAAGUAUUUUCCAAAGAAGGCGCAAAACAAGGAGGUACAACUGAAGGAUCAAAUUUUAAGCGUCUUGGACUUCCUCGAGAAGCAACAAUCGGCUUGGCCCUUCCUCAAACCUGUGAGCCUGUCUGAGGCCCCCGACUAUUACGACAUUAUAAAGGAGCCCACAGAUAUUCUGACCAUGAGAAGGAAGGCGAGACAUGGCGAGUAUAAAACAAAGGAAGACUUCGGAAUAGAGCUAAAGCGUAUGUUCGACAACUGCCGCCUGUACAACGCGCCCACGACCAUCUACUUCAAGUACGCCAACGAGUUGCAGGCGCUUAUAUGGCCCAAGUACGAGUGCAUAAGUGAUGGAGGAAAAUGA